CUGGAACUUUUGAAUACAAAAGCUGCGGGCUUGAAGUAAUUCCUCUUAAAUGUGGUACCGGUGUCCGGAGUGUCGUCGUUAGCUAACGAAGGUAAUACUGCGGAUAGCUAACGAAGGUAAUACUGCGGAUAGCUAACUAGUUCGCCACCCAGCAAUGAGCGUAGAGGGAUGCCAGCGCACGAGCCGGUAUGUUUGGGGCGUAAGCGCUCGCUGCCACCCUGUCCAAACCAUCUCUUCCUGCAGUGGCUGUCCGAGCUCAGAGAUCAGGCCAAAGAGCGCGGCCUGAAGACGCAGCACGUUUACCAGAAGGCCAUCAGCUCUCUGAAGAAGUACCCCCUUCCCUUGAAAAACGGCCGAGAGGCCAAGAUUUUGCAGAACUUUGGAGACGGGAUCUGCAAGAUCCUGGAUGAAAGGCUGGAGAAACAUUAUAAGGAGCACGGUCCGGACGUCCCAAUCCAUUCCCUCCCUUGUGGUGCGGGCCUUCGGCGAAGGUGGAGUGCUAACCUGGCUACUUCCAAGCCCCCCACCAACACUGCCAAGGACCCCUCUGGCAGGGGAGGGAGGAAGCUUAAGCGGCAACCGGGAGAUGGGGGGAAGAUGAAGCGAGAGUACGUCCCACAGAAGCGAACAGGUGGCUACGCUGUCCUACUUGCUCUUUACAGGCAUUGUCAGAUUCCAGGAAGUAAAGGCUUCAUGUCCAAGCUGGAGCUGCAGAGAGAGGCCCAGCAUCUGUGUGAUAAGUCUUUCACUGUGCCAGAUUUGGGGACUAAGUACACAGCCUGGUCCUCUGUCAGCACGCUCAUUCAGAAGGACCUGCUGAUGAAGACACACAGUCCAGCCAGGUACUCUUUGACAGAGCAGGGCCUGGCCCUCGCUGAGAGACUGGAGUCUGAGGAAAGAGGGAGCGAGGGAGGGUGGCAGGUGGAGGAGCCACCCACUGUGGACCUGACAGAGGAGGAGGAGGAGGAGGAGGAGGAGGAGGAGGACAGAGGGGACCGGCCUGUAGAGGCGUCAGCCCUUCUUGCCAGUGUGACCCAAGGAGAAAGCCUUGAGCCUGAGCUGAGAAUCUCAGGAAAGUCCCAGGCAGCAGACACAGAGAGGAGAGAGGAUGGAGGCACCAUCCUCCCAGGCUGCUAUGACAUUGUGCUGUGUGUGGACUUCAUAGAGACGACAGGGGGCAGCGCUGCACGCAAGCAGGAGCUGGUCAAGGAGCUACAGAGAAACAGCGUGACUUUUGAUAUCAGGAAGUUGAAUGUGGGGGACUUCCUGUGGGUUGCCCGUGAGAGAGUCACACCUGUUCCAGGUCAGUUGCGCCCACCCCCCAAGAAGGAGCUGGUCCUCGAUUACAUCAUUGAGAGGAAGAGGAUGGACGAUCUGUGCAGCAGCAUCAUCGAUGGACGUUUCAGAGAGCAGAAGUUCCGUCUGAAGAGGUGUGGGCUACGCAAGCCAAUCUAUCUGGUGGAGGAGUGUGGGUCAGCUGCAGCUCACCUAAGCAUACCUGAGAAUACACUGCAGCAGGCUAUAGUCAACACACAGGUUGUGGAUGGCUUCUUUGUGAAGAGAGUGCAGGAUGUGAGAGAAUCUGCUGCUUACCUGACUGUCAUGACCAGACAGCUCCAGAAACUGUACCAGAACCGAACACUGUUUUGUCGCUCGAUGGAAGAGGAUGGGGAUGGAGGGAGUGAAGGACAGUGCAGUGGGAGGGAGAGAGAGGUUCCUUUUUGCUGUCUGCUGUCCUUUGCAGAGUUCAACCAAGGAGCAGUCAAAAAUAAGUGCCAGACGGUGAGGGAAGUGUUUGCCAGGCAGCUCAUGCAGAUCAGUGGGAUCUCAGGAGACAAAGCAGCUGCCAUUCUAGAGCACUACAGAACAGUGAGCAGUCUGCUUCAGGCCUAUCAACAGUGCUGCAGUGAGGGAGACAGGGAGAAGCUCCUCUCCUCCAUCAGAUAUGGGAAAUUGAAAAGGAAUAUUGGGCCAUCCUUGAGCCGCACCAUCUACCAGCUGUACUGGCUCUGUACUGGCCCGUUGUCAUAGAUGCACAUACAGACACUCUCCAGAUCUUUCUUGAAUGUGCACAUUGCAUAAAAACAUAAGGACACUCACCCCCCUUCCCACACAUAUUAAUGUUGCCAUAUUGCACAAAUGA